AAUCCAUUCAGUUUUAGAUAUUUAUAAAAUGGAUUCUACCGCUGCCGCCGCCGCCACCGUCGCCGUCGCCGCCGCCACCGUCGCCGUCGCCGUCUCCGACGUCGACGGCGGAGGAGACGCUCCAAUUACCGCUCUCCAUCCAGACAUCAUCCAAUCGCAUAUCCUGAACCGACUCGACGGUCCUACUCUCGCCGCCGCCGGCUGCUCCUCCGCACAUCUGCUCUCUCUCUGCGCCGACGAUCAUUUGUGGAAGGAGAUUUGCAAUACCACGUGGCCUUCCACGGCUGAUUCCUCCGUCCGCGAUGCCAUCUCCGCCUUCCCCUCCGGCCACCGCUCGUUCUACUCUGACUCCUUCCCAGCCGUCCGAUGCGAUUUCCUCAACAACAAACAAUCGAGCAAAUACGCGCGUCCGAUUGAAACGUCGGAAUUAAUCUCCGCCGUCGAUAUCUACUACGAAGAUACGUUAUUAUACUCGAAGGUACUGCGCACGGAAACGAGCUCCUCCUGGUUCGCAAACUCUCCUUUCCGCCUCGACCUCUUCGAAUGCAACGAAACGGUGGCGACGCCGCUGAAAUUCGACGGCGCGUGCACCGAACUCGCGAAGGAGCGGUUGAGAGUGAGCUGGAUUUUAAUCAAUCCUUCCGAAAAUCGAGCGAUCAACGUCGCGAGCGCAAACGCGGUCGAUGCGCGGCGGCACUGGCUGACCGAAGGCAUACAGCUUCGUUUCGCCACCGUAUCGGCGGGCGAAGGCGAUGAGCCGGUACAAUUGUCCGUCUCGGUGACCUCCGGCGGCAAGGACGGCGGCGAAUUGCAGCUGAGAGAGGUGAGCUUGCAGGUGGAGGACAUGGAGGGAAGAACUUUGACGGGGAGGGAUAGUAUGGUAAUUUUGCAAAGGGCGAUGGAAGGGCAAAGAUGUAAAAGCAACAGAGGAAUGGAAAAAGGUAACUAUGAAGAGUUUCUGAGGCGGAAAGAGCUGUUAACGCUAAGAACGCGGAGGAGAGAAAAUCUGAUGGACACGUGUUGCAUGUUUAUUGGACUCUCAAUAUUUCUCUUCGGAAUUUGGUUAUUUUUCCUGAUGAGGAGAUAGAUAACUAUAAAAUUUAUGAAAAAAAUCAAAUUUCAUUUUUAAAUGAUGAGAAAUUUAGUAAUUAAAGUAAAUAAGUGGGUUUAUUUUUUGUUAGUGAAUUUUUUAUUUGAUCUUUUCUUGAUGGAAGAUCUUAUUAAAUAAUUAUAGUUAUAUACAGUAAAAAAUAUAUAUAUUUAAAGUCAAA